UGGUGGGGAGCUUCGUGUCGAAGCACACGUAAAGGUCACCUUCAGUUUUAGUUCAAGUCUCGAAAGAAGUGUUUGAUGUAAAGUGAACACCGUAGAUUUUUCAAGUAUAAGUAAUUUUAAAUAUAAAAAGUUUUAAAUUAACAUUCAUAUUUUAUUUCUCAUUGUAAUUGGAUAUAUAUUUAUUUGGUUAUAUAUUUUAUUUAGGACAUAGAAAUUAUCUUUUAAAUUUUUUGUAUAUUUAUUUUUAAAAUAUGUCCAUAAAGAAUGAUGAAAUGCAAUGUCCUUGCACAAUCAAAGAUGAAUCGAAGAAGGAAGAUUUUUCUUUUCUCAUUCCAUUUACAAUACAAAAUGACAAAGAACAAGGUAAGGAAGACUUAAAUGCUAGUAUGUCUUUUUAUAAUAAUAACAAUGAUAAAAGAAGAAUUUAUAUUCAGAGCUUGGAAUCAAUGGCGCUUCCACAAGAAUACAAGUGGUAUUGGAUAGACAUGGCAGAAGAUUUAGCAGCUCGGAGAUUUAUAAAACCUGGUAGUCAUAAAGACAAAGGUCUUGCAGUUUUUACCAGUGGAGGUGAUUCUCAAGGAAUGAAUGCAGCAGUUCGAGCAGUUGUUAGAAUGGGUAUUUAUCUUGGAUGUAAAGUUUUCUUUAUUAAAGAAGGCUAUCAGGGUAUGGUAGAUGGUGGAAAAAAUAUUCAAGAAGCUACUUGGUCAUCUGUUUCUUCUAUCAUACAUAAAGGUGGUACAGUAAUAGGAUCUGCUCGAUGUCAUGAUUUCGAAGAACAUUCUGGUCGCAAAAAAGCUGCAAAAAAUUUAGUAAAACUUGGAAUAAGUAAUUUAGUUGUAAUAGGUGGUGAUGGUUCACUUACUGGUGCAAAUAUAUUUAAGGAAGAAUGGUCAACCCUAUUAAAAGAAUUAGCUGAGGAAGGAGAAAUUACAAUAGACCAAGUAGAAAAAUAUGAACAUUUACACAUUGCUGGUUUAGUGGGAUCUAUUGAUAAUGAUUUUUGUGGAACUGACAUGACUAUUGGUACUGAUUCUGCGUUACAUCGUAUUAUCGAAAGUAUCGAUGCUAUUGUUAGUACAGCAUAUUCCCAUCAAAGAACGUUCAUAAUGGAAGUUAUGGGUCGGCAUUGCGGGUAUUUGGGAAUUGUGGGUGCUUUAGCGGCAGAAGCAGAUUUUGUUUUCUGUCCAGAAUCACCUCCUCCUGCUGACUGGCCUGAUAAAUUAUGUAAAAAAUUGGGGCAGGAAAGACUUAUGGGACAACGACUUAAUAUUAUAAUUGUAGCUGAAGGUGCAUUAGAUAGAAAUGGUGAACCAAUUACUGCUGAAAAAAUUCAUAAAGUUGUUGUGGAAAAGCUACAACAAGAUACAAGAAUUACUGUUCUUGGUCAUGUUCAAAGAGGUGGUAAUCCAUCUGCUUUUGAUAGAGUUUUGGGCUGUCGAAUGGGAGCAGAAGCAGUAAUGGCAUUAAUGGAAGCAAAGCCAGACACUGAAGCAUGUGUUGUUACAUUAAAUGGUAAUCAAGCUGUAAGAUUACCUCUUAUGGAAUGCGUUCGACGUACUAAGGGAGUAGCAAAAGCUAUGGCUGAUAAAAAUUGGAAUCUCGCAGUUCAACUUCGUGGAAAAGGAUUUGCUCGUAAUUUGGAAACAUAUAAAAUGUUGACCCGUUUGAAAGCACCUAUAGAAUGUACCCAUCCCAAGGAAAGUAACAGUCCCACAUUAACAAAGCAAUUCACUUUGUAUGGACAAAGUUGCCAUUAUACAUUAGGUGUAAUACAUAUUGGUUCACCCUCUUGUGGUAUGAAUGCCGCUGUGCGUUCUUUUGUUAGAAAUUGUAUUUAUCGAGGAGAUAAGGUUUAUGGUAUUUGUGAUGGAAUCUUAGGUCUUAUGACUGGAAAAUUUAAAUUAUUGGAUUGGCCUUUUGUCACUGGUUGGGUAUCACAAGGUGGUGCUCUUUUAGGAACUAAACGUGCUCCACCAAAAGAGGAGCAGUUAACACAGAUUGCUCAAAGACUUAAAGAAUAUGAAAUUCAAGCUCUACUUAUUGUAGGAGGAUUUGAGGGUUAUCAAACGGGACUUACCUUUAUUAAUGCUAGAGACAAAUUUGAAGAAUUUCGAAUUCCUAUUGCGAUGAUUCCGGCAACUAUUAGCAAUAAUGUUCCAGGAACUGAGUUUUCAUUAGGAUGUGACACUGCUUUAAAUGAAAUUACAGAGAUCUGUGAUCGAAUCCGUCAAUCUGCACAAGGUACAAAGCGUCGAGUAUUUAUUAUUGAAACUAUGGGUGGAUAUUGUGGUUAUUUAGCUACUCUAGCUGGAUUAGCUGGUGGAGCUGAUGCAGCAUAUAUUUUCGAGGAAAAGUUUAAUAUUAAAGAUUUAAAUCAAGAUGUUAUUGCAAUGGCUGCUAAAAUGUCUGAAGGUGUACAGAGAGGUCUUAUUUUAAGAAAUGAAAAUGCAAAUUUAAAUUAUAGUACAGAUUUUAUGCAAAGACUUUUUAGUGAAGAAGGAAAAGGCCUCUUUAGCUGUAGAAUGAAUAUUAUUGGUCAUAUGCAGCAAGGAGGUUCACCAACUCCAUUUGAUCGAAAUUUGGGCACAAAAAUGGGUUCUAAAGCAGUUGAAUGGUUUAGUGAACAACUAAAAAAAAAUACUGAUGCUAAUGGUAAAGUAACAGCAAUGGAUGCUGAUAGUGCAGUUAUGAUUGGUAUUGUGCGACAACAUUAUAAAUUUACACCAUUUGCAGAACUUCUUGAAAUGACGGAUUUUGAACAUCGCAUUCCAACAUAUCAAUGGUGGAUGAAAUUACGACCAUUACUUAAAGUUUUAGCAAAACACGAAUCUACAUAUGAGGAAGAAGGUCUUUAUAUCACUGUAGAAGAAAUGGAUGUUGAUAAUGAUUCUCUUGUAUAAAUUACAAAUGUUUGCAGUAAAAGAAAUAUAUUUUUGACUCAUUGUUGACAAUGAAUUUUACAGUUUAUCUCUGGCAUAAUGUAUAUGAAAUUUAGAAAUUAUUUCGUUCUGAUAUUAAAUUGUUAAAUAUGUAUUUUCUCUUUACUGUUGCAACUGACGUAUUUAUUUAUUAAAUAGAUAUUUAAACUUUAUAUUUAUGAAAUAUUUGUGGUAAUUAUAUAAUAUUAUAUAAUUAUAGAACAAGAAAUACAUAUGAAUAUGUGCAUAAGGAUAUUGUGACCAUUGAAAAUGUACCUAAUCAAAUGUACCUAUUAAUAAAAUGUAUCUUAUAAA